UUAUAGCAUCAUGUUAGGCUGUUGGCAGAGGAACCCUGACGAGCGUCCAUCAUUUGAACAGCUUUAUGAGAUGCUGGAGGAACUUUUACAACAAGAGACUGUGAGUGGGCCCAUAAAGCUUAGUUGAUAUUGAUGUUCUUCUUCCCGUUUUCCGAAUUUCAUCGCUGUUUUGUUUCCAUUUCCAAUAAUGAGAGGGACAUACAAUAAUUAGCAAAAUGAUAACGAUAGCUCAUUUGUCUGAGGUUCCUCGAAGGAAUGAAACAAACUAACAUGGUAGAGUAUUGCUUCCAAAUUUUUUGGUUAACCUACAGUUGACUUCCCAUUUUUGUCCACAGUAAGCUAUAGAAUGUGUUUUAACAUUCAAUUUGGGCAGUAGGAGCUUCCUUUGAUAUCAUAGGAAAGGCAUUAUCCUCUCAUUGCAGGCCUUGUGUAUCGGGGAUGAGGAAAAAACAAGUCUGGUCAGUCGGAAGAAUUUUUAAAUCAUGCAUUUCAGAAAGUCUUUGUUCUCUUUACUUUUUCAGAGAACAUACAUCAAUGUCACUUACUUCGAAGAGCAAAACAAAGAGGAAGCUACUUGGAUAUGAGUUUACUUUACGUUGAACACAAGUGGAAGACGUUGCCAUGAAAGAGCAAAAUAGAAGAUCGAAGAUUUUGUCUCCUAUUAAACCUAGAUGGACUUAAGGCGCAAGCCGCCUGUUAACCCUGCCAUUAUGGGGAGAGGUGUGUAGUGAGGGUGUAUGCGUGG